UUUCCGAGUAAGAUAAGAAUACCUGUCCCGAGGGCCGCCCCGUUGGUCUGAGCUUGCAUAGCGUCGACAAUGGCAACCGCUGGGUUAGGGGUAGACGUUGACAUAGUGAGAAGGGGAUGUACAAAAAAUUAGCUUUUGGAAGAACAGAGUUUUGUAGAUACGUGAGCUUUUGGCGGCCAGUUCUCAAAGAUCGGGCGAAGAGGACGGGUGGUAUUUAUACGAGAAUAAAUGGCCGCUCAUCAUCAGCUCAAAAAGCACAGGUCAUGCACGCCCAAAACGUGCGGCUCAUGCUGGCUGCACUCCGAGAGCCGCCUGUGCAUAGGGAUGGAACCUUAGGCUGCAAAAGCCUGUAAAUAGCCUGAUACAUUGCCACGGAUGCGUCGGUACCAAUCGUUUUGAGGAUAUUU